AUGAGAGGGCGCCGCUCUGGCAAAGGGGUCGAUACGACCUGCGCGUUUACUCUCCAUCGACGACUCUGUUGGAAUGGACCCGUGCUGAUUCCUGCAGCUGCAAAACACUCGUUAAAACUGACUAGUCUCCACGAUUACUAUCAGAGACUUCUCCAUGGAAGUCAACCUGUACCUUCCGGCCUUGACAUGGCAAACACACUCAAGUUCUUCUCUCAAAUGUUGCUGUCUCUGUUGAAAGAGGUUCACGAAUCGCCUCUCGAAAUGGUAAAAUCUGAGAAGUACGACGCGGAACGCAUGGCACUUUACCCGAAUUUGGAUUACAAACAGCUGUACAACGCCCUCACUCAGCUGAUCGACGUCGUUUCCUCCAUUCACAUCGGUCUACAAGCGUUUGGCCAAGCAUUGCUACAGUGUCUCGCGUGUCUGUUGCCUUUUCUCGAUCACGAUUUGAUCGACAACGUGGCCUACCUCACGGCCAGUUCAAUUUCGGUGCUGCCGAUGGAACUUCAUCAAGAUAUCGUCAACUAUCUCUGUUUCUACAUUCUGCCAUUCACCAUCACACACCAUUGUCAACUAUUGGAGUGUCUAAUGGCACUGAAACCAGGCGUUGUGAAGGACAUUCUCUGCGUGGUUGCAUAUGGCACAGCUCCCGCAAGAGCUUCAGCAGCGAAAUUGUUAUUCUACUACUGGCCAUCGUUCAAUCCGAACCUCUUCGAUCGCAGAUCGGUUUUAGUCAAAUUCGCAAAUGAUCUGGCACCGUUCGUUUGUCAAAGAGAUUCCUGUCCGAACGCAGGCAACGCCGAAGCUGGCAAAGUGUGUUACGAUCAUCGAAUAUCCAUCACGUUUGCUACCGAGACACCGCCACCCAUGUAUCUUUGCAUCGAAUGCGCGAACGAGAUACACAGGGCGCAUCCGAAUCAAAUGUUCUACGAUAUCUUGCACCCCAUGCAACAGGUGUCGAUGAUAUGCGAAAACAAGAAUUGCAAGGCCACUGACAAGUCAGCGAUCAGUGUCUGUUUCUCCACCGAGUGCGCCAGUUACAACGGAAACCAUCCGAUUCGCUAUUGCCAGAAGUGCCAUAACAAUCGACACGACAAAGGUCGAGGCGAAGACCAUGUGUAUCACACAGCAUUACCACACAUAUCGAAGAUGGAUCCACAGACGCAGACCUACAUGGUCCAGGCGAUCGUCAGCCUGCUUAAGGAAGCUGAACCGCUAAGUAUGGAUAGUAAUCGAGACAUCUCGGAAAUAAGUACUAAUAAGGGAAGCGCAGGAUUCCCAGGGAGCGGCGGCGGGAGCAGCGGGGCCGGUUCCGGUAGCGGAAGUGGCGGACAGUUCGAUUCGGCGACGUUGGAGGAGAGACAGCUACUAGGGAGAUAUGGUGUCUGGCUGCUAGUGGGUCUUUGCACCCCGAACCAAGACACCUCGAUCGAAAUACUCGGCCGUUUAUUGUCAAUGCUAUUUCAUUGGUUUCAUGUUACUGCCUACUCUUUCGAUGGACAAGCGGAGAGCGCGUUGGAGAAGCUGAAAACCGAAUACGUUUGCGGAUGGUUGUCGGAGGUGAUGAAAACGCACUACGAGGUUUUCAUUUCCUGUCUUCUACCACAUCCGGCGGAUUACGUUCGAGUCGGAGGACACUGGGAGACACUGGCUUCGAGAACGUCACACUUGAAAGAUGGCCUAAAUCGCCUGUUCUGCUUGGUCCCCUACGAAGUGAUCACCCCAGACGUCUGGGACUACGUGAUGCCACAUUGGAUGGAGGCAAUGGUGAACGACGUACCAGAGUACGAGCUUCACGACAAAAUUUUGGACCGAGACAUGAGCCCCCUGGGCUUCGACGCUAAGAAGAUGUACAACUUCGUGGCGAAACGGUUCGUCAACACCUGUGCAAAAGUUCAAGAACAGGCUCUGAACUGGCUGCAAACGCUCACUAUGUUGGAGAUCAAUAUCCCUCUGUGUCAACUGUUCUCCAUGUUCAGCGACGGUGUGGCUGUUAUGGGAUCUAUGAACAUUUCCGAAUCUGAGCAGAAACCCAGCAAAGGAACGAAGAAAGAGGACGAGGAAGGAAACGCUAUUUGUAAGUUUGCUUGUUGAAAUCUAGAUUAUAGUAAAGCUUCGUUUGCAUGUUAUGUGUUAAGACGAUAUUUAAGAUUUCAAAUGA